AUCUAAUUGUUGAAGCGUCCGGUGAUAGAGACUUUAGACCUUUUAUUUUAAAGGAGCAAUAAUAUUAGAAUAGUUUUUUGUAAAAGUUUUUAUUAACAUUCAUUAUAAUUUAUUUCAUUAUUUAAUCUAUUUUCUAAACUAAUAUUUGCAUAUCUAUAUACAUAUAUGCACACAUACAUUUUAUUUAUAUGUAUAUGUACAUACAUAGCUAUAUAUUAUAUAUUAAUGCAGCGGUAUUUAUUAAAGCGGCCGGUAGGGCUUUCCACUCCCCAAAUGCAAAUGUUCCCCCCAACUGUUUCGCCGAUCAUUCAUUGCAUCCCAUAUGCGCGCUAAGGGUCCGCAAGCAAGCUGUAGAAAUCAGUCGUUAGCCGAUGCUUCGGUGUUGCUAAGAGCGCGUGGCGUGCGAAAAAAAAUUACAACAAUUGGUAAAAUAUAAUAUUAAAAGAAAGGCGUACUAAUGAAAUCACAAGUCACUCGACGCUGUUAAAUUAAAGUUAAAUUAAUAAUAAAGCAGUGUCAGUUGUAAACUUCUCGGGCAACACUUACAAACGUGUAAGCAAUUGAAUUGCUGUUGUUGUAUUGCAAAUUGAAAAAGUGUGUAAUUUAUACUUAAAAAACAGGCUGUGGUUCAUUUUACAUAUUUAAGUAAAUACUUUAAAAGCCUAAUAAAAUGCAUCAAUAUGAGAAUAUGAUAAGAACGCAAUUAACCGCAACCUGUGAGCGGCAAGUGGAGUUCGUAGAACCGACUUUGGGAUUAUGUGCAGCGACGUGUUUCAAACGGAAGGAUAAUAAAAAGCUCGAUGGCCUAAAACACGUAACGGAUGCACAUCAAUUUCCAGAAGAUGAGGAACCAAAUAUACUGGGUCAUGGCACACCGAUGGAAGAAAAGUCUGAUCCAUUAACCACCGAGAAGUUAAUGAAAUUCAAAACUGUAUUGAAUUUUGAAGAUGCACCUGAUCACCUUAAAUUCAAUCCUUACAUUCGUCGUGGCUACCGCACAUUCCUCUCCACAAAAUUAUGCCUACAAAGCGUUUUCUGGUGGACCAACGAAACUAUCAAUAUUUGGAGUCAUCUCUUUGGUUGUCUGCUCUUCAUAGGCCUAACCAUAUUCGAUUUCCAGUUUCUGCAAGCGCAUGCGGAUGUAAGCGAUCAGGUGCUGGUUGUGUGUCUCUUGGUCUGCUUCUGCCUAUGCAUGCUGCUCUCUUCAAUUUAUCAUAUAUUCUCCUGCAAAUCAGAAGAGCAUUAUGAUUUCUUCUUGUCCGUGGACUUCUUGGGUAUUUGCUUAUCGUUGGUGGCGAUCUAUAUCAGUGGCAUGUACUAUGCAUUUUGGUGCUUCAAGACACUCCGUCUCGUCUACUCUGUGAUUGCAUUGUGUAUGUUCGGCUUGGCGAUGAUGGUGCAAAUUCCCAAGUUGAAUGUCUCUUUGGACGCUAAAAUCGCUGUGCUGGUACUGUGGGCCGCCUACGGUAUUAUACCGUUAGCGCAUUGGACCUAUGUGAUGGGUGGAUUUGACAAUGAGUUGGUGCGGUUAAUGGUGCCGCGCAUAAUUGGUAUGUAUGGCUGGUGCGCUGUCGCUUUCGUUAUUUAUGCCGCGAAAAUACCAGAGCGUUGGCUUACCGGCAAGGUGGAUUAUGUUGGACAUUCGCACAAUUGGUGGCAUCUGUUCAUUUUGGCCGCUUUCUAUCACUGGCACAACACUGGUCUUGUCUAUGCUGAGUAUCGUUUGAAUAACGGUUGUAGUCUUCCAACAUUGACAUAGAUCAUUGAACCUAAACCAAAUCGCGUUGUUAUUUAAUUAUUUUAAAUUUUUUUCCAACGCCUAGGCAUAUCUUUAGUGUAUGUUGUUAUUACUUUGUGAUUUCAGCACGUUAAUCAUUCAAUGAGGCACCUCAACAACGGCUAGUAAACGUACCUUUAAAUAUACAUAUACCUACAUAUAUAUAUACAAAUAUGGAUAUAUUCAUAACUUUAUAGGUACUUAGUUGUAAUUGCAAAUCUAGUUCAGUCACUCAUUAUUUAGUUUUAAUGCACAUUUGUAUAUACAUAAUCGAAAUAUUUAGAAGAAGAAUUUAUUAUUUGGUUUCGAAGACUUUGUUACUCUUUUGAAAAUAUGUAAUUAAUAAAGUUGCAUGUUAUAAAGACACUACAUAUAAGUGAAAUGUAGGUGAAUGUCUUUAAAUUUUAAGGAAAUCGGUAUUUAAAAGUA